UACUGGGAGACAGGAAAUGUAUAAACUGACUCUUUUUGACUUCCUGAUUACCAUCGCUACACUAAUCCUGGUAGAAUUCACACGUAGGAUUGUAGUUGAUCAUUGCUCAUGUAAACUGACUCAGUUGGUGGGACGGCAGGAGUUUCUGGUUGCCCCGAAUGUUCUUGCUCUAGUUUACAGUCAAACGGUGGUUUGGACUGGAGCUCUUUUCUGUCCAUUGCUGCCAUUCAUCAACACCAUCAAAUUCAUACUCUUUUAUUACUGCAAAAAGAUAACUCUCUUCCAGAAUUGUCAAUUGGCAACAAGAAACUUCAGAUCCACCACCUCCAAUUUCUUCUUCCUGUUGGUUCUGCUGUUUGGAUGGAUGUUGUCCAGCGUGGUUCUUCUUUACAUUGUGGCUAAGAUCCAUCCAUCUUAUGACUGUGGGGCUUUUCGCUUGAACUCAGCAAUGUGGGACGUUGUACCAGGAGCUGUCAAAAUGCUAAGCCACACCAGUAAAGAAUUCCUGUUUUAUAUCGGCUCCCAGAAAUUCUCCAUACCACUCUUCAUCUUCUCCUGUGUGCUCCUGUGCUAUGUUAGCGCUUUAACGUCUGUCCAUGGGAAAAGUGUAACAUUGCUGAAAUCUCAGUGUAAACUGGAACAGCGUGACAAGCAGUUCCUGGUCAGACAAAUUGAAGAGCUGAAUGCCACAGUGCAGAAGGAACAACGUGAACCACAGCAGCCCCAGAGAGAGACCAAGCCCUUAUACCACACAGCAACACAGUGGAAUCAACAUUCAAAUUAUGCAUUUGAUCCUGAUGAAGACCCUAGA